ACUCGGGCUAAGAUGGCGGCGUCCUGGCUGGGCAUGGGUGCUGCGGCGGUUGCUGCAGGGUUGUGCAGGCGAUUCUGUCAUAUGAUGACUCCAUACAACAUGAAGAAACAGCCUCUGCAUCUGUUUGCACAAAGACCACUUUUCUUACUACCCCCAACCUUAUGUAACACAGGAUUUUCCUGGUCACCAAGUCACCAACUGAUAUCUUAUAGGACAAUGGCUUCAGUAAGCAAAAUGUAUGGGAUUUUAGUUUCAAUUUCUACUUCAUCAAGGAAAUGAUUCAACAUCAGUUAGCUGGAACUGCAUGGCGAGGUGCAAAAACAAUUCUCAGCUGUCAAAUUAGAAUGUUCUCUUGUAAAGGUUAAAAAAAGCACUUCCAUAACAACCAUAUGUUUUGCCACAUUUAAUCUCUAAUUUAAAAUGAAACUGUUGCUCUUUGAUACUUUACCAUCUUUUCUAAGUUGUGUGGUAUGAGAAUUGUGACAAGAUAAGACAUUUUAAAUGUAUUUUCCUGUUAUGCUUGGCACUAAGUAUGGAGUGGCAGUAUGCACAGUGGCUAAGCAAGUCAAUGAUGGGAAAUUGGCAGCUUUAUCAGUUUAUUUGAGUGACGCUGAGCUUUAGUUCCCAUAUGUAUAAAACAGGAUAGAAACAGUAUCUCUCUGGCAGGACGUAAGGAUUAAAUAAUGUAAUUCAUGUGGAAUGCUUAGCACCAUGCUCAGCACAUAUUAAUAACUCAUUGAAUUAACCUAUUUCAAUAUAUUGCUCUACGAUGAGAAUUGGUAUUUUUUUUUUGGUCAGAAGGUUUAUUUUUAUAAUAAAUAAUAAAGGUCUGUUUAAUAGUUUUAAAACUCUAGCCCUGUCUAUCCUUUUGUCUUCUAAGAUGUUGUCAUUUUAACUCAGGUAGGAAAUUAAAGAUUCUAUUCCUUCUGUAUUGCUUUAAUGAAUUCAUUCUGAAUAUAAUCUUGGGCCUAGAAGAAAGAGAGAAAAGAACCUAUAAAAAUAAUUUUUAUUCCAGAAAGUAAGUCACAUAGAUUUCCACUUACACAAUAAUUGUAAUGUCACUAACUUGAUACCAUUGGGCAGGUCCUUAACUCUAUAUAAUUUAACAAGUUACUUAUCUCUAAGUCUCAGUUUCAUUUAUACAAUGGGAAUAAUAGUACCUUCAUAAGGUUGUUAAAGGCUUAAAUACAUUUGAAGCAUUCAACCCUGUCUCUGGUGUGUAAAUAGUAGGCUCACAAUAGAUAUUAGUUAUUAUUAGAAAUUUAUACCUUUUUAAAAAUUGUCUUUAAAAGGAUGGUAGCACUUUGGAAAGAAGAGAAUGUAAGAUUUUACUAUAUUACUAUCAUGGUGAUGACAAUUUAUAAUUAUAGUAGCCAUUGGCAUUAUAAUCGUAAAUCAUCACACAGAAUACAUACAUGAUUCCUGAAGUAUAAUAUACCUCCCUACUUAAAUCUAGGAUGUUACUGGAAUCCAUUGAGUAACAAACUAAAUAAUCAAAAUUAAUAUAAAAUUGAAUGCAAUUAUAAAUAUAUUGAUAAACUGCCUUUUUGUCUUUAAAAAUUCUUAUUUCGUCAGUUUGGGCAAUACAGUCUUAUUUUCUAAUAUACUAAUUUUUGUUCUUUUGGUUCUCUGAUAAUGAGUACUUUAUAGUCUAUAAACUGUUAACUAUUACUUUCUAGAAUAAUGUUUUUCUUUUUUUUUCUUUUAGUGAGAUACAUGUUUAUUCAAACACAAGAUACCCCAAAUCCCAACAGUUUAAAGUUUAUUCCAGGAAAACCAGUUCUUGAGACAAGGACCAUGGAUUUUCCUACACCAGCUGCAGCAUUUCGCUCUCCUUUGGCAAGGCAAUUAUUUAGGAUUGAAGGAGUGAAGAGUGUCUUCUUUGGACCAGAUUUUAUUACUGUCACAAAGGAAAGUGAAGAGUUAGACUGGAAUUUAUUGAAACCAGAUAUUUAUGCAACAAUCAUGGAUUUCUUUGCAUCUGGAUUACCCUUAGUUACUGAGGAAACAUCUUCAGGAGAAGCAGGAUCUGAAGAAGAUGAUGAAGUUGUGGCAAUGAUUAAAGAAUUGUUAGACACUAGAAUACGGCCAACUGUGCAGGAAGAUGGGGGAGAUGUGAUCUAUAAGGGCUUUGAAGAUGGCAUCGUACAGCUGAAACUCCAAGGUUCUUGUACCAGCUGCCCUAGUUCAAUCAUUACUCUGAAAAAUGGAAUUCAGAACAUGCUACAGUUUUAUAUUCCAGAGGUAGAAGGCGUAGAACAGGUUAUGGAAGAUGAAUCAAAUGAAAAAGAAGGAAACUCGCCUUAAAAUAAUUUGAAUUUUUUUGGGGGGGGACUCAGCAAUUGGACUUGUUGAUACCAAGCUUUUAUUAUUAAUCUGCAAAGGAACUUGCAGAUUAAUAAAAUAUGCCUUUCUUUAGAGAAUGAUUUAUAAAUAUUACAUGUUUGCUUUACCUCAUAUGAGUUAUUUAUAACAUCCUGAAUCAUCUUCUCUACAUGUGCAUUUUAUCCAGGGAUAUUUUUAUUCUUCAUUUCUCAUGGUUAAUUCUUUGCAUAAUGUGCAAAGCAGUUUAAAAUACAUUUUCUCUCAUCUAUUUUAUUUACUUUUUAAAUACAGAAAUAAAUAGAGAAUGCUUUUCAAAAAUAUUCCAAAAUUGCUUAGCUUUUCAUGAGAUGUUUGAAACUAUUUUUACUGAAUUUCUAUCUUGUUUAAAAAAACAACUGAACAAUUCUGGUUGAAGAAUGAUAUCUGGUUAGCAGUCCCCAUUGUAGUAGCAUAUAAUUUCUCCCUAAGAGACUGCCCCCACCCCCC